GCUUGCCGUGGCACUCGGAUAAAGCAAAGAUAACUUGCCCCCGCUGGAUCUUUUUUUCCAAAAUUAAACCGACCAAUCGCACGUAGUCGAGGAAGAUCCACCGUUCGCGAGAUCCAGAGAGCCGCGUCGAUCAUCGUUCGAGAAAGACGUUUGCCGUUCCUGUCAUCGGCUCGAAGCGUAUUUGAAUCGGUCGUCGAGAUUGAGUGCGCACAAGUGUUACCUUGCUUCUUUUUAAAUGCAUUCUAAUCUAGAUUCUCGACAAGCUUCGAAAAUGACGUUCUCGACGAUGAAACUCUUACUUUCCCUUCCCAUUUUCUUAGUCUGUUUGGGCUACGCAUCUGCGGAUAGGGACGCCAGAGUUGUUUGUUACUUCAGCAACUGGGCGAUAUAUCGACCUGGCGUUGGAAGUUACGGCAUCGGCGAUAUCCCAGGGGAAUUAUGUACACACGUGAUCUAUUCCUUCAUCGGUGUGAGCAAUGUCACCUGGGAGGUACUCGUCUUGGACGAGGAACUCGACGUUCGGAAGGGCGGCUUUAAGAAUUUCACCCAACUCAGACAGAAGUAUCCUCAUCUGAAAACCGAAGUCGCGGUUGGCGGUUGGGGUGAAGGUGGCAAGAAGUACAGCAACCUCGUUACGAUGAAACAACGCAGAGAUACUUUCAUCAAGAGCGUCGUUGAAUUCAUGUACAAAUACGAGUUCGACGGUUUCGAUCUCGACUGGGAAUACCCUAGUGCCACGGACAGAGGUGGCAAAUUCUCCGAUAAGGACAAUUUCUUCUACUUCGUUGAAGAACUUAAACGUGCUUUCGAUAAAGAAGGAAAAGGCUGGGAGAUCACAAUGGCCGUACCUAUGGCCAAGUUCCGUCUCGAUGAAGGUUAUCACGUUCCAGAAUUCUGUCAGCACCUCGACGCGAUUCACGUUAUGUCUUAUGAUCUUCGUGGAAAUUGGGCUGGAUUUGCCGACGUCCAUAGUCCUCUUUACAAGAGACCCCACGACGGUUACGCUUAUGAAAAACUCAAUGUGCACGAUGGGCUUCUGCUUUGGGAAGACAAAGGGUGUCCAGCCAAAAAAUUGGUCGUCGGUGUGCCUUUGUACGGUCGUACGUUCACACUUGCGCGUGGUAACACAAAUUACAAUCCAGGAACCUACAUAAACAAGGAAGCAGGUGGUGGUAAUCCUGGCCCGUAUACGCAGGCUAAGGGAUUCUUGGCAUACUACGAGAUCUGUACGGAAGUGAAUAAUCCUAAGUCAGGAUGGACGAAGAAAUACGACUCCAUUGGGAAGGUACCUUAUGCUUACAAGGAAACGCAGUGGGUUGGUUAUGAGGAUGCUGACAGUAUUAAGAUAAAGAUGGACUUUAUUAGGGAAAAAAGGUAUGCCGGUGCUAUGGUUUGGGCAAUAGAUAUGGACGACUUCGCCGGUCUCUGCGGAGAAAAGAAUCCUCUCAUGAAAGUAAUUUACGAUGGCAUGAAGGGAUACAAAGUCCCUAAGAAAGAACAUCACUCUACGCCUACCCCUGAUUGGGCAAGACCACCAAGUACGACAUCUUCCACGGUAGGAUCUAUAUCCACGAGGGACACUGAGGAAACGACUCGCCCAACCGUGCCGGUAAAUCCAGGCUCCUCUUCUAAACCACCGGUCGAUGAUAACGUUGUUUGCAAAGGCGAAGAAUACAUUCCUUCGAAGAAUUGCGCUAUGUACUAUCGAUGUGUCUUCGGAAGUCCGCAAAGGCUCCAAUGUCAACAUGGUUUGGUCUUCCACACUAGCAUGCAUGUUUGUGUCUGGCCUCAAAACGCCGACCGCGAAGAGUGCAGAAGUCAAUAAAUAAAUCAAUGAUAUUGUAGUAUGAACAUAAGAAGAAGAAAUUAAACUCUUUUGUAUAAAGGGGGUGGGAGAAGGGGGGAAAGAAAGGAAUACCUAUCGAAUAAUAAAUUUUUUACGCG